AUGAUUUUGCAAUCCACUUCUUCGAGCUGUGGUUUGUCACAGGGUUUUUGGGUCUCCCCACCAAUUUGCCCAUGUAAAAGUAUAGGUGAAAUUACACUCUUCCCAUCAAUUGGAUUUUGUAGAAGGAGAAGAGUUGUAUUGCACACGAAUUCUAAGAGAAAAUGGAUUUUAUUGGCAUGUAUGAUUCCAACUGAUGGUGGAAACCACAAUUUGAAAAUAAAGUUCACCAAUUCAUCUCGGAGGGGAGUGCGGAAUAUAGUAGUGAAGCGAUUCUCCGGUGAAUUGGAUCAUGGAGAAUUGUCCCAAGAGUCUAUUCAAACGGGUUCUAAUAAUUUUACUAGCUUUCAAGAAGACCCAUUUGUAGAUAAGCUAAGGACCCAACUUGGUGUGAUUCACCCAAUCCCCUCUCCUCCUAUUAAUCGGAACAUUUUUGGGUUGUUUGCGUUCUUUUUCUUUGUUGGGGUUGUUUUUGAUAAGCUUUGGACUUCAAGAAAAAGAAAUAAAUCAAGAGAUGAGGGUAGGCCAGGAAUUUGGCCACAGGUCCCUACGAGCUUUUCUUUGUUCCUCGAGAAGGAUUUGCAAAGGAAAGAAUCCGUGGAGUGGGUGAAUAUGGUGUUGGGGAAGUUGUGGAAGGUUUAUAGAGCUGGUGUUGAGAAUUGGAUCAUUGGGUUGCUUCAGCCAGUCAUUGACAAUUUGAAGAAACCUGAUUAUGUUCAGAGAGUUGAAAUUAAGCAAUUCUCGUUGGGGGACGAGCCAUUAUCUGUUAGGAAUGUUGAACGCGUAACUUCUCGUCGUGUUAAUGAUUUGCAGUACCAGAUAGGUCUCCGUUACACUGGUGGUGCUCGUAUGCUGUUGAUGCUAUCACUAAAAUUCAGCAUUAUUCCCAUUGUAGUGCCUGUGGGAGUUCGAGAUUUUGAUAUUGACGGUGAACUUUGGGUCAAGUUGCGAUUGAUACCAUCAGAGCCUUGGGUGGGAGCUGUAUCAUGGGCCUUUGUUUCACUUCCGAAGAUAAAGUUUGAAUUGUCACCAUUUCGCUUGUUCAAUUUAAUGGGUAUGUCUGUUUUCAUGCCCUCAGGAGUCUUUCCUCUUAUUUAUAUGCAUCAAAGUGAUGUAUAGAGUAGGUGUUAAGAUGGAAUGCAAGGAUUUGGGGCAAAAGAUGGAGAUACAUUAAAAAUCUUGACAACAUUGUCGGGGUUAUAAUUUCUACACCUAAAGAACCAUGAACACUUUGCUAUGAGUUUACCAAUUUUGGCUGGAGUUAGGAGUCAGGAGAAUUGUGAAAGAUUAGAGUAUAUGUAAGAGAAAGGGCAGUGCGAUGUUGCUUUUAUAUAAUGAUCAUCUUUCAAGAAGAAAGCUAAGAAGGUGAAGAGUAUAAAAGGGGGGCAAAAUUGGCGAGAGUAGUUUAAUCAUCUCUUGUCCACUGUGUGCAUGCAUUUAGUACUUUUGGCUCACAAUUGUUCUUUUUGCAUAAGUACCUCUACAGAAUCAUUGCCUAGAACCACCAUGUCACCAAUGAGCACAAAGAAUUUCGAUGCUUUUAUUGGUGUUUGACUGUAUGAUCAGAUUGGUGUUGCAUAUAUAUGAUCUAUUAGAAUUCCACUGGAACUUGCUAAAUAUGAGUAAGAAGUUUUCUUUAAUCCCUUGGAAGCCUUUUCCAAUCUACAUCUCCUUCCUUCACUGUAAGGUACUUCAAUCCAUGUUAUGGUAUUGUGUAUAUUUUUUUUCACUGUUCCUUUCUUUUAAGGAAGAAAUCUUAUGUAAAUUUGAUGUGCCAGAUUGAGUGACAUUAAGAAUUGGCUGCCAGAGGCAAGAACAUUUUGAGUAUUGUCUCAAGGAAUAAAUUGUAGAAAUCUAUUUACUCAUUAUCAAAUUUCUAAUAAAAUGACAAUCAACUUCUAUAUGCUUAGUCCUCUCAGUGAAUACCAGAUUUUUUUAAAAUCAAGAUCCUAUCUUCGAUUCUAGGGGAGGCUGCAUGAUCAGGAUUGUAGGAUCAAAUCUAGAAUUUUAAGAUCCUAUCAAUUGAGAAAACAAGAUGAAAAAUAUAUGUAACUAUACAAAAUUCUCAAAAACAAGAAUUAAACAAGUCUAGUAUAUUUGAUAAACUAGAUUCAGAUAUGUGAUUUGAGCAUGG